UUGGCGGAAGGCGGGAAGCGAGACAUUCCGCUGAAAGCCGAGGUGCUAAACUCUCGUGUAAGCUUCAACUGCUUGGAUAACCUUAGGUACCCAUGACGUUGGCCGUCUUUUUCUUCUUGUAACUUAAUCCAAAUUUGUGCUACGUUCAACUUAAUAUCUUAAAUCUUCAAAUUGUUCAACUAAGUAAGGUGCCUACCUAAGGUAUCUUAAAUAUCAAAAUGAUAGCAAUGCUUGGAUCUACAGCUAGAGGCUCAUGCUUUCGGGCUGGGACCCAAGCAUUAAGAGCGCAGCGCCACUUCUCGGUACAGACAGCCCGUCGGCAAGAAAUUCGAGACGCAUAUAUUCUAAGUGCCUCUAGGACGCCUACCGCAAAGUUUAACGGCUCAUUCCUUACUGUCUCUGCGCCACAGCUCGGGGCAGUUGCUAUUAAGUCAGCCCUCGAAAAAUCCAAGGUGCCUGUCGAGAAGAUCACAGAUGUUUAUAUGGGAAAUGUAUUACAAGCUUCUAUCGGCCAAGCACCUGCUAGGCAGGCCGUUAUCUUCGCCGGCCUUCCGAAAUCUGUCGAAGCCGUCACUAUUAACAAAGUUUGCGCUUCGGGAUUAAAGGCCGUAGUUUUUGCGGCUCAAAACAUUCAACUUGGUCUAAGCGAGGCGCAAAUAGCCGGUGGCAUGGAAAACAUGUCACAAGUGCCAUAUUACGUCCCUCGCGCGAGCUCUUUGCCACCGUUUGGCCAUGUCAAGAUGGAAGACGGUCUAAUCAAGGACGGCUUGACGGAUGUAUACGACCAGUUUCACAUGGGCAUAUGCGCCGAGACAACUGCUAAAAAGUACGAUAUCUCCCGCGAGGCACAAGAUCAAUAUGCUAUCCAAUCGUACGAAAGGUCUCAAGCUGCGUGGGAAAAUAAAGCUUUUGCGGACGAGAUUGCCCCUGUGAUCGUAAAGGGCCGGAAAGGUGAUACCAUAAUCGACACUGAUGAAGGAUAUCUGGACAUCAAGUUAGACAAGGUUCAUACGCUAAAGCCGGCUUUCAUUCGCGAUGGCACAGGCACUGUCACCGCAGCAAAUUCAUCUACGCUGAAUGAUGGUGCUAGUGCCUUGGUGCUGGGAAGCAAAGAUAUUGCUAAGGAGUUUGGAGCCGGCUCGAGAGUUCUGGCGAGGAUAUGCGGCUCCGCUGACGCUGCGGUCGAUCCCGUGGAUUUCCCCGUUGCGCCAGCCAAAGCCGUGCCUAUCGCCUUGGAACGCGCGGGUAUCACAAAAGACCAAGUUGCUGUCUGGGAAUUUAACGAGGCCUUCGCUGCGGUUAUCAAGGCCAACGAGAAGAUUCUCGGUUUAGAGAAAGCUAGAGUUAAUCCCUUAGGUGGUGCAAUUUCUCUAGGUCAUGCACUAGGUAGUUCAGGAUCCCGAAUCCUCACAACGUUAUUGCACCAACUUAAGCCAGGCGAAUACGGUGUUGCAGCUAUUUGCAACGGAGGUGGUGCAGCCACCGCUAUUGUUGUUCAAAGGAUCGAGUCUGUAUAAUUGUGCUAGUUUCCGGGCAGGAAAAUAUACCCAUCAUUUUGUAUAAAGAUUCAAUUUAUGAAUUGUCACAUGCAUUACCUUAGGUAGGUAGUUGCACCUGGCGAUCUUACAUAGUACAAGUACGCAACUUGUAAGUGACAUUUUAGCACCUAGGACGGAUACGACACCCUUACUUCGGACGUGUACCUUGUUACUUGACCCCGCGUUCGCCGUGUAAGAUGAUGUCACAAAUGACCUCGAAGCUUUAGAAGACGCGGGUCUUAUAGGCCCCUUGAAGAUUUGAUUGGUUGUUAACGCAUUGAGCGCGUUCUGUACA